UAGCCCAACCAUCAGCUGUUUGGCACCCGCAUUUGUUAUUUAACCAAUUUCCUCGCCGAAAAGCCAAAUAACAAUGAAUAAUUCAAUUAAACUGGUGCCCAUUGCGCUCCGGUGCCAGCAGAGGACCAUCAGCACUUCAUCCGUAUUGGAGGGCAAGCGGAACUUCCGCAAAUUCAAUGUGUACAACAAGCGGGGAACGCGAGUGGUGAAGGAGGCCCAGAAAACGAUGGCCAAUCCGCCGGUGGCCAUCCACAAGCGCGGAGUGCGCGACACAGGCAUCAUUGUGGACGGACAGUACGUGGAGAUUCCCGAGAAGAUUCCAGACAUCAUAGUGCCCGACCUGACCAACUGCAAGCUGAAGCCCUACGUGUCCUACAAGGCGCCGGAAGUAGUCCAAUCGGAGUUCACCAGCCUGGACCUGUUCAACGCUGUCUACUCGCAGAAGAUCAUCGAAGACUUCAAGGCGGGAACUCUGCAGGCGGACGGCAGUGCCAAGGAGCCCUCGGCCAAUGAGCAACUGACUCCGGCGGAGGCAUUGCAGCGCGCCCGGAAGACGGGCAGCGAUAUAUUCUAGACAUAGGUUUAUUGUUUCUUAAAUACAGAGUCUGAACUCGA